UCGUCUUCUCUCGGCAGAACGACAAACUAAAAACACAGAAAAGAGGAAGCAGAGGACCGCCGAGAAAGGGAAGAGGAGAAUGACGGCGGGGAAGGGUAGGGCCGGCGCGGGGAAGGCACCGGAGAUGGUGACCAUGGAUCUGCUCGGCGGGUGGGGCGGCCACGCCGGUGGGGAGGACGAGGUCGUCGACCUGGUCAAGGUGCCCGCCGGCUGGGAGAGACGGCUCGACCUGCUGUCCGGCAAGACGUUCUUGACUCCUCAUCGCCACCAGACCGCCCAAGACGGCCGCCAGAACCUCAACCUGCCUCCCACGGCAUCCACCGCGGCCGCCGUCACCACCACCUCCUCUGCGUUCUGCACCCUCGACAUGGUCCCCUACGCCCUAGAGCGCGCCGCUGCCGCGCGGUCCGCCACCUCGCCGGACACGUCGUCCUCCUCGUUGGCGUCCGCCUCAUCCUCGUCCUCGUCGCUGGGAAAGCGCAGCCGCUCGCCGCCUUCAAGCACGGCGUCGCCCGCUGCGAACCCGGCCAUGAGCGCGUGUGCGUGCCCGUCCUGCUUCACGUACGUGCUCAUCGCCGAGGCCGACCCCUGGUGCCCGCGGUGCGCAUCGAAGGUGCCGCUGCUGCCUAGUAAGCCCACUGCCCACAGCAGCGGGAAGAAGCCCAGGAUUGACCUGAAUGCUGACGCCGAUGAGACCGAGUGAACAAGAAAAGAUGAAAGACAAAUGAUUUAUUUUCUUUUUGGUAAAGUUUUUCAGGGGAAGA